UGAACGCCUUUCCUCCUUGUCUCAGUCGAUGAACGUCCCGCAAUCUAUUUGUUUGUUCAGCAUCGAUACAUAUCAUUUCGAAUCGAUUGGCAAAAAAAUUUUAAACACGAAGAAAAAAAUUAGUAAAUUGAUAUAAAGAAAAUGGAAUGAUUGUAAAAGUUGCAAAUAAGAAAAAAAAGUGAUUUAAAAUGCGAGUUAUUAUAACAUUGAUUAUCACGAUAUUUUUCGUUGUUUAUGUUGUCGAUUCUAGUAUUACACGAGAUGAAGAUCUGGAGAAAAAUCUUCGAGAAAAAUGGAACGACGACUUUGUGAUUGUUUUUUCAAACAUCAAAUCAAAAAAGAAACAAUUUCAAGUAAUGGUCGAAGUCCUUUUAACAAUAAAAUAUGAAAAAUCAAAAAUGGUACUUAUGCUCGACAGACGAGCAAAACGAGUAAUCCUCGAGAAUAUCGACGAAGCUGGCCAUCGCAUAGCACAGUACAUUAACAUGGACAAUUUGAACAUAAAUUCGAAUUUUCCAUCAAAGAACGUAAUUUUCUUGGUCCAUCAAUCUCAACCAGGAGCUCGAAUGGCCGUUUACAUCGAUUGCAUUUAUCGAGGCGUGAUACCUUUGAAGAAAACUUUCCGUGAAUUAACAAAUAGCGAAGAUAAUCUUCUUAUAGAAGCGUUUAGGGAAAGGAAGAGUCAAGUAAAGGUAUAUCCACUGGCAAGAAGUAUGGAGGCUCUGCAAGAAGAGAAUUGUCUUAGCACCUUGACCGAUACGGAUACUCAAGAAUUAAGAUCGAUCGAUGAUGAUAACAAUUUUGAAACACCUUCGUUCAAUAUUGCUCAUAUAAAUUUACAAAACAAAAAAAGUCAUCAUCGAUCAAAGGAACAUCGAUCGAAUCACGAAACGGUCGAUUUAUUCGAAGAUAUAGAUCAGAUCGAUUUGAAUUCGAGACAAUCAAAUCACAAUCGUCAUUCUGUUCGAGAUCGAUCGAAUCGAUAUAAGCAUGAAAACGAUCAUAAUAAGUAUCUUGAAUUCGAUCACCAAGAUUUUUCGAGUCUAAUAAAACGUUUACAACAGCCUGAACAUUUCAAUGAACCUAUUCAGGAAAAAUUUGAAGUAUUAAGUAAUUUAAAUGAAUCGGAUAUAUUGAAUCAACCAAUUAAUAUAUAUCAUAAGAGGGUUCCAAGAAGAGGAGACAUAGGAAUUCAAUCCUUGGAUGAAAGAGUUUGUCUGACAGAUAAUCAGAUAGUGAAAACAUUGAACGAAUUGAUUGGAGCUACCAAAAAAAUCUGGCGAGAAAUCGAAUUAAAUAGAUUGGAAACGCAUCGCGUUCUCCAAUUAAUCGAAAAUUGUGCAGCUUGUCGUGAACCGCCCGAAAUUGAUCUUGGCAAUUCCGCAGUUCCGUUGAUGACUACGACGCCAGCACCACCUAGUUGCUCUUACAAAUCGCCCUGCUUCCCUGGCACAGAAUGUCGUGAUACACCACAUGGACCUCAAUGCGGAGCGUGCCCGCCAGAUUAUACCGGUGAUGGAUAUCGUUGCGUGAAAAUUACUUGUGCACAUAAUCCUUGUUUUAAAGGAGUCAGAUGCUAUGAUCAGUCGGAUAGAUAUAGUUGUGGAAAUUGUCCUCUUGGUUACAUAGGUAAUGGCAAACAUUGUGAGCUUAAAAAUGUUUGUGAACCUAAUCCAUGUUAUUCGGAAGUACAAUGUGAUUUGAUUUCCGAACCACCAUUUUAUAGAUGUGGUGUUUGUCCAAAUGGAUUCACUGGUAAUGGCUCUAUAUGUAUUGAUAUAAACGAAUGCGAAUUAGCACAACCAUGCUCUUUAGGGGUACAAUGUACCAAUCUUCGUCCAGGGUUCAGAUGCGAUCCUUGUCCACCAGGAUAUACUGGUACAAUGAUCGAAGGAGUUGGCUUAGAGAUUGCAAUGAGUCGCAAACAAAUUUGUCAAGAUAUAAAUGAAUGCGAAAAUAACAAUGGAGGUUGCGAUCCAUACAUGGAAUGUAUUAACAUGGAGGGUUCAUAUAGAUGUGGUGCAUGUAGGGCGGGUUUCAUUGGAAAUCAAACAGUGGGUUGUCAUCCUAGUCACAGUAUUUGUCCAGAUUUAAUAACUCGUUGCGAUGUAAACGCCGAAUGCAUUUGUAUAGAUACUAAUGUAUAUUCAUGUAGAUGUCGUGUUGGAUGGACUGGAGACGGCCUAAUUUGUGGUAUAGAUAGAGAUAAUGAUGGAAUUCCUGAUAGGAAUCUUCAUUGUCGUGAUCGACAUUGUCGUAUGGAUAAUUGUCCAUUAACACCAAACAGCGGUCAAGAAGACGCGGAUAGAGAUGGCAUAGGCGAUGCAUGUGAUCCAGACGCUGAUGAUGAUGGUGUUUUAAAUUCUUCAGAUAAUUGUCCUUUCAUUUCAAAUCCUGGUCAAGAAGAUAGUGAUAGUGAUGGUCCUGAUUUAGUAGGGGAUAUUUGCGACAAUUGUCCUCGAGUAAGAAAUCCGAAGCAGGAGGAUACCGAUGAUGAUGGCAUCGGCGAUGCUUGUGAUCCCGACAUCGAUAAUGAUGGUAUUCCAAAUAAUCAGGAUAAUUGUCAAAAAAUAAAAAAUCGAAAUCAAAAUGAUAUAGAUGAAGAUGGAAUAGGCGACGCGUGCGAUAAUUGUCCUUACGGAUAUAAUCCGAAUCAAUUGGAUCAAGAUGGUGAUGGAGUAGGUGAUGAUUGCGAUAAUGAUAACGAUAGAGAUAGAGAUGGAAUACAAGAUGAUAGAGAUAAUUGUCCUGAUGUGGCAAAUUCAGGACAAAAUGACGAUGAUCACGAUGGCAUAGGAAACGAAUGCGAUAAUGAUAUGGAUAAUGAUGGUGUGCCAAAUUCAAAUGAUAAUUGCCCUUAUGUAUAUAAUCCAGAUCAACGUCAUACGCAUAACAAUUUUAUCGGAGAUGCUUGUUGGCAUGAUUAUGAUAACGAUACCGUGAAGAAUAUACAUGAUAAUUGUCCUAACAAUAGUUUGAUUUGGGCGACAGAUUUCAGGAAAUAUACUACAAUUGCUUUAGAUCCAUUUGGUACAGCUCAAGAAGAUCCUGUUUGGGUAAUACACAAUGAUGGUGCAGAAAUUCAACAGCUUGUGAAUAGCGAUCCUGGAAUUGCCAUUGGGCCGGACAUUUUUAGUGGCGUAGAUUUCGAGGGUACAUUUUUUGUUGACGAUGAUGGAGACGAUGAUUUUGUUGGUUUCGUAUUCUCCUACCAAGAUAAUCGUAGAUUCUAUAUUGUAGCUUGGAAAAAAGCUCAUCAGCCAUAUUGGGUCCCAACACCAUUCAGAGCAGUAGGUGAUCCAGGAAUAUAUUUAAAACUUGUCGAUUCAGAUACUGGCCCCGGUGAAAUUCUCAGAAAUAGUCUCUGGCAUAACGAGAACACAAUAAAUCAAGUAAAAAUUCUUUGGCAUGAUCCAAAGAAAAUUGGCUGGAAAGAGAGAACGUCAUAUAGGUGGCAAUUAUUACACAGACCUAAAAUAGGUCUGAUUAGGUUCCGACUUUAUCAAGGAAAACAACUAAUGGCAGACUCAGGAAACGUUUACGACUCGACCUUGAAAGGAGGAAAAUUAGGUGUUUACUGUUUUUCUCAAGAAAAGAUUACUUGGUCAAAUUUGUUGUAUGUGUGUAAAGAAACUGUUCCUUUAUCAGUAUGGAAUGAUUUACCAUCGAAUUUGAAGAAAGAAAUAAAUGUGGAUAUAAAUACUGAAAUAAAAUCUCAAUACAGUCAAAAAUCUAUCUAUUACGACUCACGUUAAAUUUUCAAAUUUUAUUUUGUUAUAUCGGAAAAUGCAAUUAAAUCGAAAAUUAUAGAUUUGAUUCAUAAUAUAUGUCCUGUUAAAAAAUGAAAAAAUACUCGUUAUUUGUAUGUACAUACAUAUGUAUGAUUUUAUGUAAGUAUAUUUUUCAUUUAAUAUGAUUAAACUUUGUUCUAUCCUUUUUUUUUAAAAACUUUUUUUCCAUUCUCUUUGUAUGAAAUUCAAAAAUUUGUAACAUUCAAAUGUAUGUGAUUCAAGAUAUAAUAUGACAAAUAUAUUUUUCUUUUGCUAAGGAUAAACAAAGUCUGUACGAGCAAAAUCUUAAAAAUAUGUUAUAUUUUGUGAAAUACAUAUAUGCAAUAUAUGCUUAAUGCUAUCUAAUAAAGGAAGAUUAUAGUCUAAAUGUGCGCUUUUUGAACAAAUUGAAUUACAUUUAUUAAUUCUCAAUUGGUAGACCGAAGAUAAUUCACAAAUGUUUGAAUUAACUUAGCUUUACAGUAUUUUAUUUUAUUUUCAUGCGGCCAGGCAAGACUUUUAUCGGCUUUGAUCUCACCUAACAACGAAGUUCUUCUCAAUAUUAAAAAACCUAUAUGUGUAUAUGCUUUAACAUUUGUAUUACAUAUAAGAAAGUAUUAUAAUAAGAGAUUUUAAUGUAUAUUUUAUUUAAAAUUUGAAUAUUAUAAAAAAAAAAUAUAAUUUUGAAAUGAAUUUACUACAAGGAAGAACAUCGUAUAUGACAGAGAAAAUUUCAAAUUUCUAUAUGUUAUUUAAAUUAAGAAAAGAUGUGUAGUUUAUUAACAAUAUAAUAUAUUGUAAGAUACCAAAAAAAUGUAAUAAAUAUUGAAAUAAAUAAUGCAUAAAUAUAUACAAUA